AUGUUUGCGUUUAAGUCUAAUAUAAAAAAGAGAAAGUGUAAGUUAAAUGAAAAUGAAAUUAUAAAUAAACCUAUCAACAAAAUAUCAGAAAAUAUAAAUCAAUUAGAAAACAAAGAAGAUUUAAGUUUACAUCAAACAGAGAUAGUCGAUUUAGAUUAUUUAAAUAAUUUUAUCAACUUUUACGAAAAAGGAGAUACUUUUUUUGAAAAUGACAAAUCGAAUAAAAAAAUGGACAAAUUUGAAAACGAAAGUGUAUGCGAUACAGAAAGUAUAAAAAAGUUAGAUACAGAAUCUUUAGAGAAUAAAAUAUAUUUAUCUGAGAUUAACGUCUCGUCACCACGACCACAAAAUAGCCCUGUUUCAAAAUUAAAAAAAUUGCCUUACAUUAAAUAUGAUAUUAACUCUUCAGAUAUACAUUGCCUAAUUAUUAAAGAUCAAAUAAAAAUAGAUCAAAACGAAAUUAACACUGAAUUGUACGUGAAAAGACUUGAAAUUUGGAUGUUGCUGUUUUAUGAACUAUUUUUAGUAUUGCUUUUUAUAAAUUAG